AUGGCUAUCCAAUUCUGCGGGCCAUGCGGAAAUACUCUGGACAUCUCCUCGGCUUCAAUUGUUCGGUGCGAUUGUUGUGGAUCCAUGAACAAGAAUAACUUACUCGAUGGCGUUGCUACUGUUUCCUCGACUAAUAACUUCCCUUCUGAGCUUCGCCGGAAACGACAACCAACACAACAUUUACAGUGUCUAGCACGUGAAGAUACUUGGGCUACGGCCGAGGAAACUUGCCGAAAGUGUGGUGCCAAGCAAGUGCGAUAUACGGCCCUUCAGUUGAGAAGUGCGGAUGAAGGAACUACCUUGUUCUACUACUGUCCAGGAUGCUCAGAGAGGUACAGUAAUAGAUGGAACGAAGGCAACUGA